AUGCAGCCCCGGACACAGCCCCUCGCCCAGGCCCUGCCUUUCUCCUUCAGAAGGGCCCUGUGGGGCACCGGGUUCCAGGUGCCGGUCAUGAAGACGGGCACAGGAUGGGAGGGCCUGCAGCAGACCCUGAAGGAAGUUGCCUACAUCCUCCUCUGCUGCUGGUGCAUCAAGGAACUGCUGGAUUGAUGCCCCCGGGACCGCCCCCGCCCCGCCCGCCCCCGCACCGCUCAGGUGGGCCUGGAUCCGCCCCUUCCCCUCCCGCCCCCGCACCCCGCACCGCUCAGGUGGGUGGCCAGGGUCGCAGACCCAGGCGCAGGGCCACAGCUUCUGUGACAGAGCCCGCCUCCCAGCUUCCUGUUCUCUCCUCCAGCGCCGAGCCCAGCCCCCGUCGA